AAUUUAGCAUUUUUGGUCUCCAUAGAGUUGUCGUUGUGUUGGGGGGUGGAGCAAUUUACGGAUCACCAUGCUCUCUCUCUCCGCCAUUCCCAUCAUAUUUCUUCUUCAAUUCACCAUAUUUCUUGCAUCAAAUACCUUGAAUCAUGCUUCAGGUGCCGUAAUUUUCCAGACCAAGGACGGUCGAGAGCAGAGAGAAUUCGAUUACUUCAAAUUGGCGCUACAAUGGCCUGGUACUAUCUGCAAGAGCACUCGCCAUUGUUGUUCCUCCAACGCAUGUUGCAAUCGAUCUGGUGCUUUUGCUGACUUUACUAUUCAUGGGUUAUGGCCUGAUUACAAUGAUGGAACAUGGCCUGCAUGUUGCAAUGGAAAAAUUUUUGAUGAGAAGGAGAUUCGUACUUUACUUGAUCCCCUGAAGAAAUAUUGGCCAUCUUUGAGUUGUAGUUCACCUUCGACUUGCCAUGGUUCGAAGGGAUCAUUUUGGGCUCAUGAGUGGGAGAAGCAUGGAACCUGUUCAUAUCCAGUAGCUCGUGAUGAAUACAAUUACUUUUUAACUACUCUCAACGUCUAUUUCAAAUAUAAUGUCACAAAAGUUCUGAAUGAUGCUGGAUAUGUACCUUCAAAUACUGAGAAAUAUCCUCUUGGAGGAAUCAUUUCAGCAAUUCAGAAUGCUUUUCGUGCCACCCCUUCAUUAGAAUGUAGAAAGGGUGCAGUGAAGGAACUUCAUUUAUGUUUCUACAAGGACUUCAAGCCUCGUGACUGUGCUGAGACUCACUCACAGAAUGUGAUUGUCUCUUCUAGAUCUUCAUGUCCCAAAUAUGUGAGCUUGCCAGCAUAUGAGCCUGAAGCCAGGAUUUUCGACUUCGCUGAUUCAAGCGGGCAAUAUCUAAGUGCUUAAUUAAAGUCGAGAAAAAAAGUGCUUAAUUAAUCUCUCUUGAACAUAACACAUACUGUUAAUGUUAUUUCUCUGCUGGGAUAUGUAUAAAUCAGUAAUGUGUUAUAUUUCUAAUAUUUUACCUUUUGGAAGGCGUACAAACCAUGCGAAAUUUACAGACUGAAAUUUUUAAUUUAAUUCAAUCGAACACGUAUUGUUAGUAA